AUGCAGCACUGGCGUGAGGAUGUUGAGAAGAUAAGGAUGAAGAAGAGGAGAGAGAAACUGUUGGAGGCGUGUGGAUGUGUUAACAGUGGUAUUGGGAUGAACACAGAACACCUGCAGUACUUUUGUUUGUUAAUAAAUAGAGCUACAAUGAUCUUUGAGGCUAAAGUGAGCAUGACAAGGCAAUUGGAUUUUAAUGAUGUACACUCUGAUGUUGAGUCAAUUGCUCCUAUUAUUCCAGCUCGUGAAUGUACCACACCACAGAAGUCCUUCAGCAUCCCGUUCUCUGGUUCAUCUUAUACUCCAGAUUGUGACGACACCUUGAAACGCCACGUUGGGAUGACUUUCACAGAUGUUGAAUCAGCCAAGGAGUUCUAUAAGCGUUAUGCUCAUCAUGUGGGUUUUUCAGUUCGUGUUGGGCAGCACAAGGUUGUUGAUGGAGUGGUCUUAUACAAGCGUUUCUUUUGUGCAAAAGAAGGUUUCCGUGAUGACAACAAUAUGCAAUCAAUUAGCAAGCGAAAGAGGUAUGAGAAAAGAAUCACUAGGUGUGGGUGUGAGGCUAUGCUUGUUAUCAAGCGGACUGAUGACUGUAAGUACACUGACAAGAUUUGA